AGUCGAAGGUAAACAAACAGCGGGAGCGCGUGGUUGACUCUACGGAUGCUGCGUUCCGUUAGAAACAUCCUUGUGUUCAGGGAGGAUCAACUCAAUGGACUAGCAAAUUGUUCUGUUAUAUACAUCAUCUGGAACGUGAUAAAGUCUGUCAGUGGAAGACAAAUGGAUACGUAUACUUUGUGUGAAAUUUCGGAAGCGUUACCCAGUUUGGAUAAGCUGGUUGCUAGAUGAUCAGGAUUAAGAGUAAAUAAAAAAAAACGUGAUAUUGCGAACUUAACGGAAAACAGUUUACGGGUGUACUGGAAGUUUCACGAGUGAAGAAGGAAUCCUUCAAGAAUAUAAUUAAAUUAUUCGAAAACUAUUUCAAAUUCAAGGAAGCAUCUCCUACGGUGAAAAAACAGUUAUCUGAAGGUGAAAUUCGUUGCACUCUAAACAAGCUGCUGGUGGAAGUAGUUGAUAAUUAAAUCCUCCGUAAUGAACUUGAACCUAAAAGUGCAUCAGUGAGUGUGUCCUCUGCUGUGUCAACUAAUGCUCGCGAAAUGGUCCCAAUGAAAGCGUCCUGAGCAUUGAAUAAUUUGUAGGACUUCAUUUAUUAGUGUCAGGAUGAUAUAAAGCCACAAGGUUUUAGUGGAACUGUAUAGUAUUUCAAGCUCCGGAUGCUGGGAGGAGUUGUUUGAAGGGAAAAUUAUUGUCAAAGAACUUUUCCUUGGCGAAGGCAAGGAAAUUUCACAGCGAGCUUGUGCAUGACUACCGACACAUUUCCGUGCCAGUAGUGACGAGUGGAGAAUAGCAAUCAUUUAAAUUGGUGUGUAGCAGCAGUAAAUUGAAUUAGGACGUCGAUAUAGAACAGUUUAUCUUGUGCCACUGCUUGUCCUACUGCUUCCGAAAUGGUAACGUUGAUUAGUUACAGUGAGUGUGAAUUACCCCUGUGUGCUUGGUAGCGGCAGUCAGGGUGUGUACCGGUGAGUGAUAGGAUGUUAUUUGAACAAUUGACAUCGCUUGGAUCCAUAUUCAUCAACAUGGAACGUAAGACAGAUUAGCAUCUUCGUCCGCCAUCCGGGAAGAAUCGAAAAUCUGAAAUUGCCGCCCUCAGCAAACAAGACCACGGAACGGGAUUCGAACGAUACGGACCAUUUGUCAGGCAGCAAUCGUAGCCAGCAGCAGACAAUCGGGAGCCCGCAUUUCUCAUUCGUACGGGUUUGGCGAAAUAGCCUUGACCCGUUUCCAUGUCGACACGAAUGAUGACAAUGCUCUGCAAGAGACAAGUCGUAAUCGGUAACUGGCUUUUUUUUGUGUGUACUUCGAUGAGUUUUGAUGGGCAAAGUAGGAAAAAGUGUGAAAAUUAAAACUCAACCACGUCAAGCUUGUUGGCGUUGUUGUUAUCAGUUGUGCAGACCAUGCCGACAUUGCAGAUCAAACCGUUGAACCGUUCGGUGAAUGUGAGUGCUAAGUGCAGAGUACCAUAGUGAGAAAAUUGAUGUGAAAAUAUUACGCUUUUUUUGUUCCCUAGUAUUUCUGUGAGAUUGGUUCUGUGCACAUGUAGUUAGGGCGGGUAAUACUGUUUGGAUGUUCAAGCGCAGUUCUGUGCUUUUCAAUCCAACGUUCGAGUGUUUUGUGGUUGUGUAAAGAAAUGGAAGAGUAGGAAAAUAAGCAAAACAAAUAGAUGGUUGAAUCUGUGUGCCACCGGGGAUCUACACUCGAUAGUGCGAUGUGCUUCCUUUAAUCUCAGAAGUGAUAGAUGAAAUGAUUCGAUAUGUGGACCUACAUGAUGGCAGCGGCCCGAGGUGACCGGGCAAUGUCAUCUAUCUCACAGCGUCAUCAGAGCAAUCGGAAUGACUUCGACUCACCCAGUAUCUACCAUUUCAGCCGAGUUCAGCGACCACUGUACAACACCUCGCAUCGUGCCGCAGGUCUUUGUAAUGGGCCAUCCACGAUCAGCACCACUCCUUUCGGGAGCAACACAAUCUAUCAGAACUUCAACCCCUCGACCGUCGGUAGCUUUAGUAGUGUGGCAACGACACCGAGCUUGUCGACAACGACGACCCCGGCCGGGCAGCAAGCCCUUCAAGGUUACAUCGCGGGAUCAACCAACCCAGCCCAAACCUGUCAACUUCCGUUCACGACCCGAAAUCGCAUCGAGCUAGCCUCCGAUAACCACAGUGAAUCGAUGCCCAACAGCACUAGCAACAGCAAAAACAACCACCUGAGCCAGGCUGUGAUAGAGAGCGAGAGGGGAGAUUUCCUGGAAUCGUCCAACGGUCGAGGUUCGCUGAAUCGUUGGCUGAACGCUUUUCGGCAUAGAUUAAGCAAAAGGGGCCGGUCAAAACCACCCGAUCAGUUCCUGGAUAAGUUUUCCUCGACAACCGCCUCGGAUACGCGAUUGCACCAGACAGCUCAGGCUCUGCCCUCGGACGGCACCUGCAGCCGACUAUCCGUCGAUCCGUCCCUACCAUCACACUACCGGUGGUUGUCGGUGGUAUCGUUAGCUGUACUGUACAAUAUAGUGUUUGUGAUAGGACGUGCCGUUUUCUGGGAGAUCAACCGCCAAGCACCGGCACUCUGGUGGACCUUAGACUAUUUAUGUGAUUUAAUAUAUUUAGCCGACACACUAGUGCAUUGUCAUGAGGGGUACCUGGAACAGGGUCUGCUGGUACGUGACGCGUCGAAACUGCGGAAGCAUUAUUUCUCGAAGCAACGCUGGUGGCUGGACAUAGUCUCAAUGCUGCCCACCGAUCUGGCUUAUAUCUGGUGGGCGCCGAGUUCCUGCACCGCCAGUCGGCUGCCUUGUCCAAUUAUAGUUAGGAUUAAUAGGUUAUUGCGUCUUCCAAGAAUGUGGGAAUGGUUCGAUCGUACCGAGACGGCCACUGGAUACCCAAAUGCAUUUAGGAUAUGUAAAGUCGUUUUAGCUAUUUUAGUAUUAAUUCACUGGAACGCGUGUCUUUAUUUCGCAAUAAGCUACGCACUUGGUUUUAGCUCGGAUAACUGGGUAUACAACAUCAACGGAGCGAAAAAUCUCACACUUUCGCGGCAGUACAUCUACAGUUUUUACUGGUCCACAUUGACACUGACCACUAUUGGUGAAACACCGACUCCAGAGAACGAUGCCGAAUAUCUGUUUGUGGUGGCAGACUUUCUAGCUGGUGUGCUAAUUUUUGCUACAAUUGUUGGAAACAUCGGUUCGAUGAUUUCAAACAUGAACGUAACCCGGGUCGAGUUCCAGAACCGGAUGGAUGGCGUCAAGCAAUAUAUGGCCUUUCGAAAAGUCGGUGGAGAACUGGAAGCUCGGGUCAUCCGGUGGUUCGCCUACACGUGGGCUCAAAGUGGUGCUUUGGACGAGGAACGUGUCCUGGCGGCUCUGCCAGACAAGCUGAAGGCUGAAAUAGCCAUUCGAGUGCAUAUGGACACACUGCGGCAAGUGCGAAUAUUCCAGGACUGUGAGCCUGGCCUGCUGGAAGCAUUGGUGCUAAAACUAAAACUACAGGUUUUCAGCCCUGGAGAUUACAUUUGCCGAAAAGGUGACGUGGGAAAAGAGAUGUACAUCGUGAAACGGGGCAGCCUUUCUGUGGUGGCGGAUGACGGAAUGACGGUGCUGGCUACGCUCGGUGCCGGUUCGGUUUUCGGUGAAGUUUCGGUGCUAGAGAUUGCCGGUAAUCGAACGGGAAACCGUCGUACGGCGAACGUGAGGUCGAUUGGAUAUUCGGACUUAUUCUGCUUAGCAAAACGUGACUUGUGGGAAACUUUAUCUGACUAUCCGGAAGCUAGAGCAUCACUGACGGAACGGGGUUGUCAAUUAUUGCGCAAGGAUGGUCUGCUGGACGAGGCUGUUUUCGCUAGUGCCCAGCAUCAGCAGGACACACUGGAAAGCGGAGUAGCUAAACUGGAGCAGACGGUGGAAAAUUUAAAUCUGCGUCUGGCUAGACUUCUAGCCGAGUACUCUGCCAGUCAAUCGAAACUGAAACAACGGAUCUCCAAACUGGAGGACAGAGCCGUGACGUCGCCGAAGCGUCGUUCAAACCAGCACCAUUCCAGCAGCGAUGGCAGCGGCGGGUCGGCGUCCGGCGGGGGACGCCUUGGCAGCCAUCAGCAAAGGUCGGCUCAGAAUCGGCGUAAAUCGCAUUCGUCGUCGGUGACGGCACUAUCCAAUGGCAAUAGCAGCAAGCAGAAUACGUUAUGAAUAUGCAUUCACCGAUCUUCCGCUCUUCAUUCCUGGCAUCUUGGCGGUAACGACGGGUCCGACGCCGGCCCUGCCAUGCUCCCCGUCACGAUGGCAAUGGCAAGGACGAAUUGCAGCAGUGGAAAACGUUAUAAACCCGAACCACUGCAUCCGAGCAGUGCUGGCUGCCUUGGAGGUGGGUGUGAAACGAUUUCGGGAGUAACGAUCAUGAUGACGAUGCUGAUUAUGACGACGAUGAUAGUGGCGAUGUUAACUUUGUACAAAAGCAGAUGGCACUUUAUACAGGAUUUCAUUGUCGUCGCGGGGGCGGUGGUUGUAAGGUACAUAGAUUGGGUGACAAAAGGACCCGUUGCGUUUCGAUCGGUGCUGCCGGGUUUGCUUCUGAAUAAAAGCAGUCUGUCAUUACACGAAUAUUUAUAUCUAAUCUUAAGAGGUUGUGUGCUGUGAAUAUUAAAUUUUUUUGUAGCGCACUUAAGACGAGGAGCUCCUUUUUACGGGAGGAAAUCGAAUGAAAGAAUAAGCUGGAACAGGUUGACGAAGCAAUGCUCAACGCAGAAUUGAGCGACGACUGAAAUUAUAUCGUUAUAUGUUUGAUAUCGGACGGAGGAACGUGCAGCUAGUACCCGGUUCACAUGCAAUCAUUUUCCACCAGUCUUCGACAUGCAGUGAUUGAUAGAUAUGGUCGUUUUUUUUUGUUAGCCUUUUUUAUGAGAUGCAUUAAAACUCAAGCAGAAUUUGCAAGCGCAGUCUUCUGUAAAGAGGAUAAAAAUGUCUAAAACAUUUCAUCGUAUUGUGUUAAUGAUACCAUAUUUUGGGUGUUUAGACUUUGAUUAUAAAGAAGAUCUCUAAUUUGUAACAGUGACAGUAGCGGAAUCAGUUUAGUAACAGUAAUUUAACUGUAACAGAACAAGCUAAAAGUAUCGCAUUUACAGUUGAGUACAUAGGCACUCCAAUGCCGCACUCCAAUCCUAUGUUAAUCAAUUUUAGUAUUUCGUUAUCAAAAUCCUUUUUUCAUCAAAAUGGUAACUAAUUGAUCUGUCUAUCACCAACGACUACUUUUUGCCAUCUUUCUGGUAGUACACGGAUAUCGCGUCAAUUUCCUGGUCAUUGGAAGAAAUGCACGAAUUACUGCAAUUUAAAUUAUGCCUCACUUGAGAUGAUGUCAGUAGAUGCCAUAGAAGAGCUUAAUUGACAGUUAAUUUUCGUUGGGCUCUAUUUCCAUAUUCAUUUUCGAGUCAAUUUGUGACUUUUUCAUAAGUGUAGCAUGGAUUAGAAACGAUGGUACACUGAAGGAGUGAAGUCUAUAGAACACAGGUUCCUUGGGAUUUCCCAUUUUGCGGACUUUCCACUGGAUAAGCUGAUCGGAGUAAAUCAUUGAAUUUAUGCUGAUCAGUUUAUCUAUUGGAAAGUCCGCAAAAUGGAAAGUCGUAAGGAACUCGUCGUGUUCCCGCGAUUUUACUUCUUGCUGGUGGUGCAAAUGUAAUUUUGGAAAUAAACUAGGAAAAAUAUACAUCUUUUUGUGGUCGAGUUGACGCAGUCUCGAACGCGAUUUUUCUGGUUUAAAAUUAAUUUCAUUCAUCAACGUAAUCUCUAUCAAGAGCAACGCAAUCAUUCCAGCACCACUCUAACAUUUAAAUACCACUUUUGUAGAACGAUUUAUCUUUUGCCUCAAAACAGGCCUUAGUUUCACCGAUAACCUCUUCAUUCGUGCGAAAUUUCUUACCGCCGAACAUUUUCUCAGGUCUGCGAAAAGCCAGUAGUCGCUGGGAGCCAAAUCUGGUGAAUACGGUGGAUGUGGGAGCAAUUCGAAGUUCAAUUCAUUUAGUUUUGCCAUUGUUAUGGUUGACUUGUAACACAGUGCGUUGUCUGAAACAAAAUUUCAUUCUUUGCUAUAUGCGGUCAUUUUUUUGCGAUUUUACGCUCCAAUAAUGCUAUAGAAUAUUCACUGUUAAUGGUAUUUCCUUUCUCAAGAUAGUCUAUAAAUAGUACACCACGUACAUCUCAAAAUACCGAGGCCAUAACCUUUCCGGCCGAUCGUUGAGCUUUCGGACACUUUGGACGAUGUUCACCAGUUGCUGUCCACUUAGAUGACGAUCGUUUUCCUUCCGGAGUGAAGUGAUGAAUCCAUGUUUCAUCCAUUGUCACAUAUCGAUCCGAAAAUUUCGCUUUGUUACGUUUAAACAUGGCCAAACACUGCUCAGAAUCAUCAACACGUUCUCGAUUUUGGUCAACAGUGAGCAAACGCAGCACUCACUUUGGACAGAGCUUUCUCAUAGUCAAAUGCUCAUACAAUAUAAAGCCAACACGUUCUUUUGAUAUUUUCGCGAUGUCAGCUAACUUACGCAACUUCACUUUUCGAUCAUUCAAAACGAUUUUGUGGAUUUGUUUAUGUUUUCUGCAUCAUCGGUGUCUCUACGACCACGUUUGAAGUCAGCAACCCAACGUUUUAUUAUUGUUCCUGGUGUAGCGGAGUCUCCAUAACACUUUUCAUGCCAUUGCUUCGCUUGAACGGUAUUUUUUCCCAUCAAGAAGUAGUGUAAAAUUAAAUCCCGAAAUUGUUUUUGAUGCAUUGCUCUGAAAAUAUCAAAAGUAGCGUCACUCUUAGCAAAAUAACUCACAAACUAACGAAUAGAAUAUCAUGAAAUUCUAACAGCUGUCUUUUCAAAGUCAGUAUUAACUAAAAUGAAGGUGACUACAAUAAAACUAUCGCCAUCUAUGUGUUGGGCCCUGACUUUUCAGUUCAUGUGUUUUACCAUUCCGCACAGUCUGUUUCACAAAAAAUUAGCCACGAAUUUCUGAACCAAUAGAAGUAUUUCUUACUUAUCUAUUUUUUUUUAUUUUGUAAAGACUAUAUAGUAAGUCCAACAGUUAUUUUUCUCGGGAAACAUUGAUGGAGAACGACAAAUUUAUUUAAAAUGUAUGCAUGGAAAAAAGCCGUUACCAUUGUAAUGGGUUUCACCGAAAGCCAUUUCGCCGAAACCGUUUCGUCGAAAGGGUCAUUUCGGCAGAACUUCCUUGAAUUAUUUCAAUAUCGUAAUUGAACUUGAUUUAAAAUAAAGACAAAUAAAUGAGAGUUUUUGGUCACCCCAUCCAAUUUGAGACUUUGAUUUCGAAUUUGGUUUACUACGAUCCAGAUUGCACUCAUAUAAGUGGGGAUAAGCAACUUAAACCGUAUGCGCUUUGUAACUGAGGGUUGUUUCUUCCGAAUGAAAACAUUAUUUUUCGCACUAUUUUUUGCGAAAGACCAAAAGUGGCCAUUUCCGCUCCGGUCUCCCCUACCUAUAUAACAUUUUUAAAGUUUCAGCAUUGGAUAGUUACAUUUCUCCAGUUCGAAACAGCGUCCCAAUUUCAGUUUCAUCAGCGUUUGCAUAGUGGAAACGGGCACGAAAUCAGCGCAUUUUUCCCAAAUUGGCAGAAUUUCCUCCACUUCCCUGCCGUUUCAUCGUAGUCACUGCUUUAAAAAAUCCUAUUGGCAGCAUACUAAUAUCUUGCAGUAGAGGUAGCAGGCCAAAUCGUGCCAAAAGAUGAUUUUGCACCUAUGGUUGCAGAUGAACGGCAAUACACGUUUUUCCAAACAUUUUUAAAUGUUAAUUGGGGAUGUCAUCGUCGUGGAUGAGACAAAGGAUUUAAUUUUCAGGCCAUAACUGCAAAUCACUUACCGAUCAAGGCCUUUUUCGCGAAUUUGUCGACAAACACGAACUUAAAUCUUCCUGACACAUCCUCACAACCAGUUUCAAUUUAAAAUUUGUGCUGAGUAGCACGUUUGACGUAUAAUUCGUUAUCGAUGAAAGUGCAGCCCUUUGAAGUUUUUUUUUUCAAAACGCAGUCAUGCAAACACAAACUCUUCUUUAUGUACUGGUUUGGAUGUUUACUGGUUUCGUACCACUUGCAUCCUUCUCUAGCUAGGAUGUUCCGCAUCGGUUGAGAGUUGGUAAUGUAUCUUCCGACCACAUCUCGAAUCGAAAGUCCGGGAUUGGCUUUAACACACCUCAACACCUUGGUGUUCUGCUGACAAUUCCUGCUGACGAUCCCUGGUUCGUAGAUCCGCUGAUUUCCACCCACACUCAGGGUUUCCUUUUAGGUUUUGAGCACGCGACAAACUGUUUUCUUUGGCAUCUUCAGCACUUUAGCUAGCUUGGAACUACACCAAUCCGGAUUUUCCAGGUGCCAGCCAAAGGAAAUAUCUAGAAACUUCUGAAUAUGACCACAAUCUCCAAAAGCACAAACUGUCAGGUACAGCUUCAGGUCAUUAGCGUAAACCAAUUUGUGUCCAACGCCAAGUAGUAAAGCGGUAAAGUUGAGGAACAGCACAAGCAAUAGUGGGUCAAGGUUACUGCCCUGAGAAACGCCUGAUUUAUUCGUGAACGGAGAAGACGUACAAGAGUCAAGCUGCACAUGUAGUACUCUUUCGCAUAGAUAAGAGCUCAACCAUUUUCCGAACAUUCUCGAAGCACCUUUUCAGGACAAUUUCGUUAAGUAUUCCAUGGUCUAUUCGAUCAAAUUCAGGUCGAGUUGGCUUUUUGUGGAAAAUAACCAAAUCAAAAAAUAUUAAUAAUUGUAUUAAUUAAUUAAUAAAAUUAUUAUUAUUGAAUAAUUAAUAUUCAUUAUUCAACUAAUUCUAGUUACCGCUCGGCUUUUCGGCAUGAACAGUUUUUUUAGUUGCGACACCAACCUAUUUUCACUUUUCUUAAAACCUUCCGAUUUUUUGUGCAGAAAUUCUAAUAAAACCGAAAGUCCAUCAUGACAAGAUUUUACUGUAGAGUUUUGAAAGCAAUGGAUUGCUCAUAUCUUCAGGGUUGUGCAAAAGAACCUGCCACAUUUUGUUUUCCGGUUAAACUGGAACCAAACAAGGCACGGAGAAACCGAACACGGCAUCAGAAAGUUGAAGAAUGAAGAUUUAUUUCCAUCUAGUAGUUUUCCAUCAUGGAGCUGUGGAGUAUCGCUCACCUGCGGGUCACGUCUGGAAUGUCCGGAUACCAGAGAAUGUUGAAUGCGUUCGAUCCGCUCUUGUUGAGAGUGCUGCACGUUCUGGCAAGAAACAUACGGCUGCUCUUUAAAUUUCUCGUCGUUAUUUCCUUCGAAUGGUCAAGGAAGAUUUGUCAUUUCACUCAUAUAUAUCACCCAGCAGUUGAAACCGGCGGGUUAUGGAGCUCUUUUGUCGUUCGCGAACAAGAUGCUCGAAAUUCUGGGCAGGGGUGAAACUUCUCUAAGCGACAUGAUGAUGUGCGACGAUGCCCACUUCCACCUGGAUGCAGCGAUAAACAAGUAAAAUUGUCGUUAUUGUGCCAAGACGAAUCCAUUACAGGUUACGGAGAAGCCUUUCCAUUAAUUUGAAAUGUUUUCAAUCUCACGAAUAGUUGUAACAUUCUUCAAAAACGAGUUAAUUAUAAAAACGCGAUGAGCGACACUCCAGUGCUCCAUGAUGGAAAACUACUAGAUGGAAAAAAAACCUCAUUCUUCAACUUUCCGAAUGACCCGAAUUAUGUGGGGAACAAAAUUGUUAAGAAUUCGUUUAUAAAAAAUUUAUUGUAAGUAAUUAUUUGAUGAACAAUGGUGAGCAACCGUUCACCAGAAAAAUGUUUCUGCCACGGAAAGACUAAAAAUGCAUUUUUUUAAUUUAAAGUUUUUCAAGGGUCUAUUUUGUCCUACUUCUGUCGUGCGUUUUGGCGUUGUUUUGAAGAAUGUUGACUCGUUGUUUAAGAUCAUUCUUUCAUUAUGUUCAGAUACCCAUAUGCCUUAUAUUUUUUUCAAUGGAAAAUUUUGAAGGGAUUUGUAAAAUGGGAUUUUCAAUGCAUACAGUGAGUAUUUAUUCGUAUUUAUGAGAAAUAAUGGUGACUGCAUGGAACUUUCGCCUUCUAUUUUCUUAAGUUAAGAUAUAGCAACAUUUCCUAAGGGGGUGUGUCUAUUUCUGUUGAAUUUUAACUUUCUUCUUGAAGGUUCGUUUUUUUUACACAAAAUUACUAUGCGAUAAUCUUUUGCUGGACGGAUACAAGGGCUUAACAUGGUAUGCAUUUACUAUUUUCUUCUGAUCGAGUGCAAGUAUAGAUAUGCAUUAGACUAAACGUGCUACGACUUAUCGAUUUAGAAAUAUAAAUGAACGGCCCUUACGUUUCGAAUAUACCUCGUAUUUGGUUUUUGUUUUCAACAGUUCUCGAACAACUUACCCAUCUCUAAUUCAAACAUUAUCAUAAAUUUACCGAAUCACCGUACCCAGCUUGCACCGCUUCUCCUUCCUUUCAAAUAUCCACUCCGAACAUGGUACACCGUCAAGUAACUUUCAGUUUAUGAAGAACACGGAAAGAGCAGAGUUAUAUAGCAAAAUAUGAAAAAAAAAAAACGUGCCUCGAAAAAACAUUUUUUCAUUAUUUUAUAUUCACUAAUUGUGAUAAGAUGACAAAACAUAGAGUAAGUAAUACGUUUGGCACAACUCGAAUGUUUAACCUAAGCCAGCGGUUCAAGUAGAUAAAGUUGAAUAAGCGUAACGGGUAAAAGUUGAGAAACGUUCCGUGAGGUAUAAUUUUGUACGUUAGUGUUAGACAAAUAUAUAAAUAACUGUUAGAUCUUAGAAAGGAAUCUGAUUUUAUUGUUGCGAGAACAAUAUGAAAGAGCAUAAAAUGUUAACUUUGUAUAGGGACGAAGGGUUCAAAUCUUAACUGUAGUUUAGUCAUGUAACGUAACAUUAACUAAGUAUACAAUGUAAGUAGUAUCACCUCAAAAUAAUAUAUUCUCCUUUCCACUGUAAGAGAAAAACAACAAAAUAACAGAGCAAGUUUCUAAUGUCAAACUAACUUUUCAAGAGAUGUUCGGAUGUGUUUCGGACUACCCUGAAGGUUAUUUCUACAAUAUUUCGUUAGUCUCUUUGUGUAGUGCUGUAAGACCUACAAUGCUCUGAUGAUGAUUUUAUCCCUCUUCUCAAUCAGAUAGUUUACUCAUUCUCCCAAUAAAUUGAAUCGAAUACAUAUCUUCUGUAAACAAUUGCUAUUAAUAUUAAUCAGAGUAAACUGUAACGAUGAAAACGUGAUCAAUUUUCAUUUGGUAUAAUCGGAAAAUUUCUGCACAUAGUCGGAAAUAUUCGCAUUACUUCGAACACUUGGUUACAAUUUUGGAUGUUUGUUCAACUCUAACGCUAAGUUAUCCUAGAACGAGGUAGAUACACAUGUUUUGCUACUAAAUGAACUCUAUACUGUUUGAUACCGUUCGAAUUGUUGUUUACUGCUAGUUAAUAAAACCAUCCAUACAAUACAACUUUCUGAACUUCUCCUUGUUCCAUCAGCUCGUUAAAUAUCUUCUUCUAAACUGUAGCAACACAUUACCACACUAACGCAAAGGGAUGCUAUUUAUAAUUAAAAGUCUCAAACAUAAACCUUAAAGUGUAAACUGUUCCAGUGAACUCGUGAAUUUUGACCCAUGAGAUUUAUACGAUCUAACUAGCGCCAUGAAACGGUAAAAAACUAACUAACAAUUGCAAACAUACGAAGCUUAGCUGAUACUAUUUAUUUUACAACUGUGGAUACAAUAGCUCCUAAAAGCUUGGGAUUGGAAAUGUUCUGAGAUAGUAAAUUAGCGCUAGCAACAAGAAGAAUGCUUACGAUUAUUUUUGAAUCUAGUGAAUGCGCCAAACAGAAUGAUGGUAUAGCUAUGGAAAGAUCAUAUUUAUAUACAUUUUAAAACUUAAACUCUACAACAUGUUGGUGCAAAACGGAUAGACGAAGGCAGAGAAGAAGUGAACCAAGCCGGUAUCCUUCGUAGAGAAAGCAGUAAAGCAAAAUAGGAAUAUUUACGAUGAUGUUGAUGCUAAUCUAUAAGCAAAAUCUAACAUGCAAGAGAUCAAUUUUAGGUAAAGCGAAUGAAUACUAAAUAAAUUAGAACCUAAUCACAGGAAUCAGAAAUGAUGUUCGAAAAGUGGUUAAGAAAACGAAUAAAUUCAAAGUACAAUGACA